GUUCAAAACCAUUGAUUAGAAGAGAUUCUUACUCUUAUCAAGACAUUAUCCGAAUAUCCCUCCUGCCCAGAUCACCCCACUAAGCCUCCAAGGAAAAACAGACACCAGCACAACAACACCACUAUCACGAUAAUUUCGGCACCAUGGCAACCUACCUCAUCACUGGAGCCAGCCGUGGCCUAGGCUUUGAAAUGGUAAAGGCAUUGCUGCAGAAGCCUACCAGCGAGGUUUCCACCAUCUUCGCCACCAUCCGCGGUAACCCUUCUCCGGCUCUGCAGGAAGUCAUCGAUCAAUCUCAGGGUCGUGUGGUCACCGUCAAGCUUGAGGUAUCCGACGAUGCCAGCAUUACCGCCGCCGCAAAUGACGUCAAGGAGAAACUGGCUGGCCGUGGUCUCGACGUCCUCAUUAACAAUGCUGCCAUUGCGAGCAUGACACCUACCCCUCUAACCGAGGCAAAGACUUUGGAGAAUGCAUUCAAGGUUAAUGUCGAUGCUGUCCACAAGAUCACCGUGGCAUUCCUGCCGCUUCUCAGAGAAGGCACCAAGAAAACAGUGCUCAACGUGUAAGUAGUAUAUGCAAAGGUUAAGGUACAUGAUGGCUGAUGUUCAUGAACAGGAGCUCCAUUGUCGGAUCCAUUACACACACCAAGAAGUUCAUGAUCUCUCCUGACCAUGGCUACCGUAUCUCCAAGGCCGCACUCAACUGCUUGACUUCCAUCUUCGCCUGUGAAUUGGAAGAAGAAGGCUUCACCUUUGUCGCCGUCUCUCCCGGUGUAAGUGUCCUAGUGCUAGUAACCCGUCAUGUGUGUUCUAGCUAACCCCAAAUCAGUGGUGUCAAACGGACCAAGGUGGCCCAUAUGCGGACCUCGACGCCAAAACCGGCGCUAAAGCCGUGAUCGAGGUCCUCGACAGGGACACCAAGUUGAAUGGAAAGUUUGUUAAUAUCAAGGUAGCCGGCUGGGAGAAUGCUUCUGGACUCCACCAGUACAAUGGCGCGGAUAUUGAAUGGUAGGAGAAGUGAUGAAUCCUUCUGCGUUUGUUAGAGUAGAGAUUAGUAUCGUUGAAUUCACGAUGUCCUUUUGAAACUAGC